AUGGCGGACGUCGAACCUGGCCCUGAGCCGAGACAGUCCAUUGAAGUGCCUGAGAAACCCGUGGAUACCCCCGAUGUAUCUCCAACAGCUUUAGAGUCGGACGAGCCCACUCUGCCCGAACAAAUUGAGUCGCAAGAACCUACCCAAGACAGCAGCGCGCAAUCGCUUCAGGAGGAAGAAACAGAAGAUAAACCAGAGGUACCGCCUAAGGACGAACCGGAGGCCGAGGAACCCCAAACAGAUGGUCCACCCACGAUUCAGGAACCACCCACCGAAUAUGCCCUUGCUGCUGAAAGUAGACUCCGGUCCGACUCGCGAUCUACCACCGCCACGUUCACGACACAGCGGUCUGGCCCAGUCAGCUCGACGGUGUUUAUCGUGACGGCGUUGGACAAUAUUGCUGCCUCGCGGGAUGCUCGGAGGGACAAGAAGCUAGAAGAUGCCACACAGGUGGCCCUGGCCAACAUCAAACAGACCGACGGGCAACCAAUUGACCCCGAACUCAUCUUCCGCCCGUUGCAUUUAGCAAGCAAAACACUCAGCAUUCCAUUGCAGGUGACUGCGUUGGAUUGUAUCGGAAAGUUGAUCACCUACUCCUAUUUCGCCUUCCCAUCCGCCGAAAUCGAAAAUGAAGCCACGCCCGAACGACCCCCACUGAUCGAGCGCGCUAUCGAUGCUAUCUGCGAUUGUUUCGAGAACGAAGCCACAGCGGUGGAGAUUCAACAACAAAUCAUCAAGUCGCUGCUGGCGGCAGUUCUAAACGACAAGAUUGUGGUCCAUGGAGCUGGUCUCCUAAAGGCUGUCCGCCAAAUUUACAAUAUCUUCAUCUACUCCAAGUCCAGCCAAAAUCAACAGAUCGCCCAGGGGUCACUCACACAAAUGGUUAGCACAGUGUUUGAGCGAGUGCGGACCCGGCUGGACCUCAAGGAACUCCGACUACGGACCGCGGAAAAGCCGUCCUCGACUCUUGAUGCUUCCGCCAGCGAUUAUGGCCAAGCUUCAGACGCGGCUUCCGUGUCUGUGGUUGACCAGCCUGACCAGCCUGACCAGCCCGUGACCAAAGACCCAAAUGCCGAAAAGCUCACCUUGCAGAGCUUUGAGUCGCCUAAGGAAGUUACCUCGGUCAAUGACAAUGCGCCAACUACAGUGACUCGCGCUAAGCGAUCGGCAACCCGAUCAAUGUCAGGCAUUCCCGAGGAGAGGGAUGAUGAUAGCUCGGCAGAGGAUGAUGUUGAUGAGAUCUAUGUGAAGGAUGCUUUUUUGGUCUUCCGCGCAUUAUGCAAGUUGAGUCAUAAAGUAUUGACUCACGAGCAGCAGCAAGAUGUGAAGUCUCAGAACAUGAGGUCCAAGCUGCUUUCCCUGCAUUUGAUUCACUACCUCAUCAACAACAACAUUGCAACCUUGAUAUCACCAUUGGCCACCAUAAAGAACAGCUCCUCCAGUAUAGAUGGAAUGACCCUGCUCCUCGCUGUGAGGCCCCAUCUGUGCCUCAGCUUGAGUCGAAAUGGAUCCAGUGCUGUGCCUCAUGUGUUCAAGGUUUGUUGUGAAAUCUUCUGGCUGAUGUUGAAGGACAUGAGAGUCAUGAUGAAAAAAGAACUCGAGGUUUUCCUAAAGGAGAUCUACCUUGCCAUUCUCGAGAAGCGUGGUGCUCCCGCGUUCCAAAAACAGUACUUCAUGGAAGUCUUAGAAAGGCUAGGCGGCGAUCCCCGGGCUCUGGUUGAAAUCUAUCUCAACUAUGACUGCGAUAGGACUGCAUUGGAAAAUAUCUUCCAAAAUGUCAUUGAACAAUUGUCUCGGUACGCCAGCGUACCGGUCGUGACCUCCUCUUCCCAACAGCACCAGUACCAAGAACAGCAUGUCAAGAUGACAAGCGUUGGCUCUGAAUGGCAUCAACGAGGCACUCUUCCUCCGUCUCUGACCAGUGCUCAUAUUGUGCCUACUCCACCGCCUCCGAUGCCUCACAUCCCAUCUGAGUAUGGACUGAAGCAGCAGGCUUUGGAAUGUUUGGUUGAGAUGCUUCGUUCACUCGAUAACUGGGCUACACAGCGCACUGAUGAACAGCCAGAGGUAGCGAUGCCUUCAAAAUCAAUGGACAACUCUCGCGAAUCCCUGGAUACGAAUGUACUUGUCUCACCACAUCCCGAGGCGUUUGAGAGCGCAACAGGCCGUUCCACGCCUUUGCCAGAGGAUGAUCCCAACCAGAUUGAAAAGGUCAAGCAAAAAAAGAUUGCGCUCACCAAUGCAAUUCAACAAUUCAAUUGGAAACCUAAGCGUGGCAUCAAGGCCUUGCUCCAAGAAGGCUUCAUUCGUUCAGAGGCACCAGAAGAUAUCGCUAGCUUUUUCCUUCGCACUGAUCACAUCGACAAAGCCAUGUUGGGAGAGUACUUGGGCGAGGGAGAGCCGGAGAACAUUGCAAUCAUGCACGCUUUUGUUGAUCUGAUGGAGUUCACCAAGCGCCGCUUUGUCGAUUCUUUACGCUCCUUCCUGCAACAUUUCCGUCUUCCCGGUGAAGCCCAAAAAAUUGAUCGAUUCAUGCUGAAGUUCGCCGAGCGUUACACUACUCAAAACCCCAAUGCUUUCGCCAAUGCUGACACCGCAUAUGUGCUUGCGUACUCUGUCAUUCUGCUCAACACUGAUCAGCACAGCUCGAAGAUGAAGGGCCGUCGUAUGACGAAGGAAGACUUUGUUAAGAACAACCGUGGAAUCAACGACAACCAGGAUCUGCCAGCAGACUACCUCGGAGCGAUCUAUGAGGAAAUUGGAAGCAACGAGAUUGUGCUAGAUACUGAGCAGGAGCAUGCGGCAAAUCUUGCCCUACAACCUACAGCCCCAACUGGUCUUGCCACCAGGGCUGGACAGGUCUUUGCUACUGUUGGACGGGACAUCCAGGGCGAGAAGUACGCCCAGGCUUCAGAAGAAAUGGCCAACAAAACGGAACAACUUUAUCGGUCCCUCAUCCGGGCUCAGCGCAAAACAGCGAUUAAGGAUGCCCUUUCCCGCUUUAUCCCAGCUACGUCGAACCAGCAUGUUGGCUCUAUGUUCAACGUGACAUGGAUGUCUUUCUUGUCUGGCCUGUCUGCCCCGAUGCAAGACACCUCAAACCUGGACACAAUUCGUCUCUGCAUGGAAGGACUGAAGCUUUCCAUCCGCAUCAGCUGUGCCUUUGAUCUGGAAACCCCGCGCGUGGCAUUUGUUACCGCGCUGGCGAAAUUCACCAACCUUGGAAAUGUGAGGGAGAUGAUGCCCAAGAAUUUCGAAGCGCUGAAGGCCUUGCUUGACGUCGCUCUCACUGAAGGAAACCGUCUUCACGGCUCGUGGCGGGAUAUUCUGACCUGCGUCAGUCAGCUUGACCGGCUGCAGCUCCUGAGUGAUGGCGUUGACGAAGGGUCACUGCCUGAUGUUUCAAGGGUGCCAUCGUCAGCGGACACAUCUCGCAGGUCAAUGCAAAGUACACGGCGCGCUCGUCCCCGCUCGAUUAAUGGACCAGCUGCUUUCCGUCCGGAGAUCGCAAUGGAGAGUCGUUCGGCGGAAAUAAUCCGUAGUGUGGAUUGGAUAUUCACAAACACCGCCAACCUCUCACAUGAGGCCAUCAUUGAUUUCGUUCGGGCCUUGAGUGAAGUCAGCUGGCAAGAGAUUCAGUCUUCCGGCCACACCGACUCGCCUCGCACCUACAGUUUGCAGAAGCUGGUCGAAAUCAGUUACUACAAUAUGACUCGUGUUAGGAUCGAGUGGUCCAAGAUCUGGGAUGUUUUGGGGUCGCAUUUCAAUCAAGUCGGUUGCCAUCACAACACCAUGGUUGUCUUCUUUGCAUUGGAUUCGCUCCGCCAGCUUUCAAUGCGAUUCAUGGAGAUUGAGGAGCUGCCUGGUUUCAAAUUCCAGAAGGACUUCCUCAAGCCUUUCGAGCAUGUCAUGGCGAACAGUACCACUGCUGCUGUCAAGGACAUGAUCCUGCGAUGCCUGAUCCAAAUGAUUCAGGCUCGUGGUGAUAACAUUCGCUCGGGCUGGAAGACCAUGUUUGGUGUCUUCACAGUUGCAGCACGUGAACCCUAUGAAACAAUUGUCAAUAUGGCAUUUGAUCAUGUCACUCAGGUCUACAAUACUAGAUUUGGUGUGGUCAUCACCCAAGGUGCUUUCGCGGAUCUCAUUGUGUGCCUGACUGAAUUUUCCAAGAACUCCAAGUUCCAGAAAAAAUCCUUGCAAGCCAUUGAAACCCUGAAAUCAACUGUCCUCAAAAUGUUGCGGACUCCGGAAUGUCCUUUGUCUCACCGCGGUGCUGCCUCAGCGGCUACUUUCCAGGAUAACGGGACCAACCUGGCCAAGCAGCUGACACGUCAAUCACAAGAAGAGCAGUUCUGGUAUCCCAUUCUGAUUGCUUUCCAGGAUGUGCUCAUGACGGGUGAUGACCUCGAGGUUCGUUCGAGAGCACUCACUUACCUGUUUGAUACCUUGAUCCGCCACGGUGGUGAUUUCCCCAGAGACUUCUGGGAUGUCUUAUGGAGACAGCUUCUAUAUCCGAUUUUCGUUGUUUUGCAGUCGAAGUCUGAAAUGUCCAAGGUUCCGAACCACGAGGAUUUGUCAGUCUGGUUGUCCACGACGAUGAUUCAAGCGCUGCGGAACAUGAUUACUCUCUUUACUCACUACUUCGAUUCUUUGGAGUACAUGUUAAGUCGCUUCUUGGAGCUUCUGACACUGUGUAUCUGCCAGGAGAAUGACACAAUUGCACGAAUUGGAAGCAACUGCUUGCAGCAGCUGAUUCUGCAAAAUGUCUCCAAAUUUAAACAGGAGCACUGGUCUCAGAUUGUUGGCGCUUUUGUCGAGCUUUUCAGCAAGACUACCGCCUAUGAACUCUUCACGGCUGCGGUUGCAAUGUCCAAACCAGCUGAAGUGCCCAACGGAGAUCCCACACAGAGCCCAGAUUCUGCUGCGGCAUCGGGAGACUUGCCCGACGCUUUGCAGGCCAAUGGAUCGCAAAGCACAUCCUCUUUCCAGGAUAAUGGUGACCCCCCUGCCCAAAGUCAGGCUCGUGCUGAAUUGGAAGACUACCGUCCCCAGUCAGACCAGCAGCAGCCCGCAGCGGUCACUGCGGCUCGUCGCCGGUACUUCAACCGCAUAAUCACCAACUGCGUUCUUCAACUUCUGAUGAUUGAAACGGUGCACGAACUCUUCUCCAAUGAAACUGUCUAUGCUCAAAUCCCUAGUAUGGAGCUUCUCCGGCUCAUGGGCCUGUUAAAGAAGAGCUAUCAAUUUGCAAAGAAGUUCAAUGAGGACAAGGAUCUGCGCAUGCAACUCUGGCGCCAGGGCUUCAUGAAGCAACCCCCCAACUUGUUGAAGCAGGAGAGUGGCAGUGCCUCCACCUAUGUGCACAUUCUCUUCCGGAUGUACCACGACGAGCGAGAGGAGAGACAAAGCAGUCGCGACGAGACAGAAGCUGCUCUCAUCCCGCUCUGCGCGGACAUCAUUCGCAGUUUCGUUCGUCUUGAAGAAGACACCCAGCAUCGCAACAUCGUUGCCUGGCGUCCGGUUGUUGUUGAUGUCAUCGAUGGCUACACGAACUUCCCGCAGGAUGGCUUUGAUAAACACAUCGAGACAUUCUAUCCCCUCGGAGUGGAGUUACUGAGCCGUGAUCUCAACCCGGAGAUUCGCGUGGCUCUCCAGUCUCUUCUGCGCCGUAUCGGCGAGGUCCGACUUGGUGUUGCCCCGCCAAACCCUCUAGACGUCCCGAUCAGCCCGCGCAGCUCUGUCUCACAGAAGGCCUCGCGUCGCGAUAGCCAGGUUUGA